AUGGGUCGUGUCCGAACCAAGACCGUCAAGAAGUCCGCCAAGGUCAUCAUUGAGCGUUACUACCCCAAGCUCUCGCUCGACUUUGAGACCAACAAGAGGAUUUGCGAUGAGAUUGCCAUCAUCGCCUCGAAGCGCCUGCGCAACAAGAUUGCCGGUUACACAACCCACUUGAUGAAGCGCAUUCAGCGUGGUCCCGUCCGCGGUAUCUCCUUCAAGCUCCAGGAAGAGGAGCGUGAGCGCAAGGAUCAAUAUGUUCCCGAGAUCUCCGCUCUCGACUUCACCCAGAACAGCGAGUCUGGCUCCCUUGAUGUCGACCAGGAGACCAAGGACCUGCUCAAGAGCCUCGGCUUUGACAACAUCCCCACAAACGUCAUUGCCGUCUCCCAGCAACAAGUCGUCGAGCGCGGCCCCCGUCGCUUCAACGGUCCUCCCCGCUCUUAA